GCAGCUAGCCCGAGUGCCAGCCCGCGGCCGCACCGCCGCUGCACCCGGCAGACGCGCGGGCGCCAGGCUCCGGCACUGCGCUCGGAGCCGCCCGGCGCAUCGCAGAUAUCCUUGGUUACCUCACCCUUUUCUUGCUGGAUGGAACAGGAAGAUAAUCAGGGUGUGUGUGAACCCCAGAAUUCCGAAGAUAGAGGUAUGGGUUCUGACUUUGAGAACUCUGAGGACAGAGAAGGGGACCCAGAAGAAAGAGGAAUGGGCUCCAAUCCACGCCACACAGAAGAGAGGGGCCACCUGGAGAUGGACUCCGACCCACGGGAUGACGAUCUAAGAGGGGACUCACAAGAGAGGGAAAUAGUGUCCACUGUCUGUCCAGAGGGGCUGCUGAGUGAGGAAGAAGGGGCUGUCCUCCGUGAGGAAGAGGAUGACCAGCCUGGUGUGGCUGACAUAGCACUGUUCCCAGGCCUGUCAGAAUCUGACAGUAUAUCCCGGAGUCCCCGCGGAGAAGAGGAGGAGGAGGAGUUGGAAGAAGAAGAGGAGGAAAACGUUGGGGAGAACGGGCUGAUGGAGGCAGAUGAGCAGUUGCCUCCUCCAAUGCUUCCCUGGAGGCGUCACCUCUCCCUGGGGGGUCGACACCGAGGUGACAAACCUGCCCACCGCCGCUUCCACCGGCUCCAUCACCCCAUGGCCAUGGACCUCGGGGAACUCGACAGCCUGAUGGCCAGCAUCAUGGACGCGCCCACCAUCUGCCCGGACUGCGGGGAGAGCUUCAGUCCGGGUGCCGCCUUUCUGCAGCACCAGCGCAUCCACCGCCUGGCUGAGGCCGCCGCGGUGGCCAGCCUGGAGCCCUUCGGCUUGGCGGCCGAGUGCGGUGGGGUGGUGGGGAUGAUGGGCAUGGGCGUGGCCGGCGGCUUCGGGGCGGGGCCCGCGCUGGCCCGGCCCCCCCGCGAGAAGCCCUUCCGCUGCGGGGAGUGCGGCAAAGGCUUCAGCCGCAACACCUACCUGACCAACCACCUGCGGCUGCACACGGGCGAGCGGCCCAACCUGUGCGCCGACUGCGGCAAGAGCUUCAGCUGGCGCGCCGACCUGCUCAAGCACCGGCGCCUGCACACGGGCGAGAAGCCCUACCCGUGCCCGGAGUGCGGCGAGGCCUUCAGCCUCAGCUCGCACUUGCUCAGCCACCGGCGCGCGCACGCGGCGGCCAGCGGCGCGGGCUCGGCGGCGCUGCGGCCCUUCGCGUGCGGGGAGUGCGGCAAGGGUUUCGUGCGCCGCUCGCACCUGGCCAACCACCAGCGCAUCCACACGGGCGAGAAGCCGCACGGCUGCGGCGAGUGCGGCAAGCGCUUCAGCUGGCGCUCGGACCUGGUGAAGCACCAGCGCGUGCACACGGGCGAGAAGCCCUACAUGUGCUCCGAGUGCGGGGAGACCUUCAGCGUCAGCUCGCACCUCUUCACGCACAAGCGCACGCACUCGGGCGAGCGGCCCUACGUGUGCCGCGAGUGUGGCAAGGGCUUCGGCCGCAACUCGCACCUCGUCAACCACCUGCGCGUGCACACGGGCGAGAAGCCGUUCCGCUGCGGCCAGUGCGAGAAGCGCUUCAGCGACUUCUCCACGCUCACGCAGCACCAGCGCACGCACACGGGCGAGAAGCCCUACACGUGCAUCGAGUGCGGCAAGAGCUUCAUCCAGAGCUCCCACCUCAUCCGCCACCGCCGCAUCCACACCGGCAACAAGCCCCACAAGUGCGCGGGCUGCGGCAAGGGCUUCCGCUACAAGACGCACCUUGCGCAGCAUCAGAAGUUGCAUGUGUGCUAG